UAUUGUUAUACCACAAAUGAUGCUAUAUUCUUUCUUUGGGUUGAUUACGUUCACCCGCUGACAAAAUAGAGACAGUUGUUACUGAUCGUCCCUAAUCGGAUUACCUGAGCUGAGAGGACACGACGUGAUCAGUAGAAAGAGGAAAGAGACGAGGUCAGGCCAUUGCCUAUCGGUUUUUAUUACUUUCUUGUGUUAGAAAAAUGCCCCUUUUUAUAAACAGGGACCAAAUAGUUGCACAUCAGGUGCACCUACUGGAGCACAAACUGAGGAAUAAAGAGGAGAGAAUACUUGAACUGGAGACGGAGAAUACAAUUCUUCAUUUAAGACUUGCUGAGUGUGCAGGGAGGUUGCGUCGAGAGCAUGAAGGAGACAAAAAGGCAGAGGACCAUCAUCAGCUCCAGAGGAAAAUAUUCCAAACUUUUCUUGUGAAGCUCCACACUCAGGUCCAGGCUGUGAAGCAGGUCCUGAGUGAGGUGUUUGCGGUCUAUGUGAGCUCUGCUUCUGAACUGGAGGAGCAGUGCAAGCAGCUGCUGCAGAAAGUCAAGCAAGCCAGUUCCCACUUGAAUGAUCCCAAUGGAGAAGAACUAUUGGAUUUGCAGGCUCAUGUCGCAGCUCUGGAGCGCUCUCUGGAGGAGGAAAGGGAGAGGUGCAGGGGAGAGAAGCAGAAGAGAAAAGAAAUACAUAAUGCUUUAGUGGAACUGAGAGGAAACAUCAGAGUUCACUGCAGGGUGCGUCCAGUUCUACAUUUUGACCAUGUCCAGACUUCUACCUGCGGAUCAGGGUCUGCUUCAACAGAACCAGUCAUUCAUGCAAUCAGUGACGACACAGUGUCAGUGACUUGCCUGAAAACUGGGAUGCCAGUGCAACAAAAAAUGUUUGAGUUUGAGAGAGUGCAUGGACCAGAGGACUCCCAGGAAGUUGUAUUUAAAGAAGUCAAGUGCCUCCUUACGUCUCUGUUGGACGGCUAUAAUGUGUGCAUCAUGGCAUAUGGGCAGACAGGAAGUGGAAAAACUCACACCAUGAUGGGAUCCCAGUCUCUGAAAGCAAAAUCUGGAAUGCUGCAGGACUCUCAGGAGGGCAUUAUCCCUAAAGCUGCUGCUGAGCUCUUUCGGCUAAUCUCUGAGAAACCAGCAGAGAGUCACACAGUGGAGCUGUCCGUAAUGGAGGUGUAUAAUAACGAGGUGUACGACCUGCUCGCCAGAGACGAGCAGGGAAACGCUGUUGGCCAGCGCCGGGAUGUCGUCACCACCUCGUCUGGGGCCAGCCAGGUCCCCAACCUCACAUAUGAGCCUGUGUGUAACGCAUCUGAGAUCAUGCAGAUCCUGAGUGGUGUCCUGAAGCUCCGGGCUCAAUGUCCGACACUCAUCCAUGCCGACUCGUCUCGCUCUCAUCUUGUCAUCUCCCUGACAAUUUCCACAAAGAGCCCUGAUGCACUGGCCCUGGCCCACAGUUUACAGCGAGCCAAAAAGAACAUGAAGAGCUCAACUUGUAAGCAGUGGUGGAGCCCACGCUGCCGCCGUGCAAACCCUCACUCCCGGCACUCUGCAGAUGAACUGACUGUGAGCCCGGCCUCCUCUCCAUGCUCCUCUCCUGCAUUAUCUCGUUGCCCCUCUCCCCGAAACAGCAUCUCAGUCACUCCUUUCAGGACAAAGCUGCAGCUGGUGGACCUGGCAGGGAGUGAAUGUGUCGGUAUGACAGGAUUGUCAGGAGCAGCUCUGUGGGAGGUGUCAUGCAUCAACCGAAGUCUCUCGGCUCUUUCUGAUGUCCUGGGAGCUCUGGCUGAACAGAGACCCCACAUCCCCUACAGGAACAGCAAACUCACCCAUCUGCUGCAGGAUACCAUAGGUGGCGACUCCAAACUGCUGGUGAUGCUGUGUGUCUCUCCCACGCAUCGAUUCAUCACAGAGUCCCUGCAGUCUCUUGCUUUUGGCACAAGAGCCCGCCAGGUCCAGAAGGAGAGACUCCAAAGAAAAACUAACACUCAUAAAGUGAUCUGAUGAAGCAGGGGAUUUAACUCUGCAGAUACUUUACAAGUUAUGCAGUAAUGCAAACGUUUUUCUAAAUGAGCCUGUUUGUACCUACGCCUGCGGCUGCCGGCCUUCCAUUUUAAAGCUACUGCAAGAAUCAGAAUCAGAAUCAGAAAAGCUUUAUUGCCAAGUACGUUUUUGGACAUACAAGGAAUUUGUUUUGGCGUAGUCAGUGCAAUACAAUACAAAUUAAACAGUAUAAACAUAUCUACAAUAUAA